AAGAAGACUAGGACUCGUGCGUUGGAUAGAUUAUAGGUGGUGGGGAACCACUCGUGCGGUUUUAUAUUUCAAAAGUACUCUUCGCGGGAAAAUUUUGUUUUUAACACACUGAAGUUAUCAGUCACUACUCUGAAAGUGAAACGGCAAUGGCAGAUGUGGAUCUCAGUUUGCCAACUCUCCAUUCAAAUAUCCUAGCUGCUCAACAGAGAAUAAAGCGUUAUGUGAGAAGAACUCCCUUGGAAUAUUCCCCUGUGCUGAGUCAUCAAGGACAGUGCAGGGUUUACUUAAAGAUGGAAAAUGAGCAGGUGACAGGUUCAAUGAAAGCACGAGGAGCAUUUAACAAGUUGAGCAAGCUGCUGGAAGAAGAUCCUGCAGUCAAAGAGCAAGGACCAAUCACUUCUUCCUCGGGCAACCAUGCACUGGCUUGUACACAUGCCAUGCAAACCCUUGGAGUUCAAGGAACCAUUUUUAUCCCAGAGAAUGUUUCCAGUUCUAAAAAUGAAAAACUGAAGUUGACAGGUGUCAGCCUGCUUUACCACGGCAUGGACUGUGUGGAGACAGAGAAAAAAGGCAGACAGACAGCUCUGGAUAAAGGGGCGACAUACAUUUCACCAUACAAUGACCUUGAUGUUAUAGCUGGCCAGGGGACUAUUGGAGCUGAGAUCUUUGAGGACCUGCCUGAUGUAGACGCUGUGUUGAUAUCAGUGGGCGGGGGAGGGUUGGUAUCUGGGAUAGCUGCAUUCAUGAAGCACGUAAAGCCAGAAGUGAGAAUCAUUGGUUGUCAGCCCAGCUUGUCCAAGGUGAUGUUUGAAUGUGUCAAAGCGGGAAGGAUAUUGUUUGAAGACUCUGGAGACACUCUGUCUGAUGGCACUGCUGGGGGAAUUGAAGAAGGCUCGGUGACCUUCGAAUUUUGCAAAAAAUACAUAGAUGAGUGGAUCCUGGUGCCAGAGGAGCAGAUAGAAAGGGCAAUCUACUUCAUGAUGGAACACCAUCACAGGAUUGUGGAGGGGGCAGCAGGCACAGCCAUUGGAGCAUUUAUGCAGGAGCCAGAGAAGUUCAAGGACCAGAAUGUGGCCAUUAUAUCCUGUGGUGCCAACAUUUCUAUGGACAAAAUCAAAAUGAUCAUCAAUAAGUACCAUGUAGGUCCAAUGUGAGGUCUAAUGUUAAAACAGUGCUAGACUGAACUUAUUUCAAUAUGGCAUUAAUUUUGUGAUGAUUAAUUUAGAAUUAUUUGUUUGUGAAAAUCAAAAAUAAUUUGAAUAAUUUGCCCUAGGGAAAUUUUUGAGUUUAUAACAAGAAAUGGAUUUUUUCUCAACCUGAAAAACAAUUAUUUAUUAUUUUAAUUACAAUAGUGAUCCAGAAAAAAGUUUAAGCAUCAAGAUAAAGCGAGAGAAAGAGAGAGAUUAAAAGAACUGAAACAGAAACACAAACCUUCACACCUCUGUGUGACAUUUCUCUCUUUUUGAGCCUAUUUGGCCAAGAGUUCGGAUUUAUUGAUGAGUGUUUGAAGCAUACUACAGCAGAUGUCGGGAACAAAUGAUCCACAGUCAUAUCUAGUAUAAGUACUCAUCACACCAUGAGUUAUAUUACUCCUGGAUCUUUUGUUCACAGCAGUAAGUCAGGUACAUCACUGAUCAACAUGAUGUACAUACACGUAUGCUAUAUCAAGGAGGUAGAAAAGAUAUACCUCCAUGGAAACAGCCACUAGUGCUUCACAUUUGUGGAUAUUAUACAUCAAACUGGCUCUUGGUGUAUCUGUUAAAGGUCAAUUCCGUAGGUACAAUCAGUCAGUUAUUAGACUAGGUUCAAGAUUAUAGACAGCAGUAGAUCUAUCAAUAGUAUAUAAGCAGGAGGGAUGAUGAAAAGUUGUAUGCAUUAUAAUUAUCAGAUUUUGAUUUUAUAUGCAUUUAAGCAUGACAUUAUUAUUAAAAUUUUGAGAUUUUAAAAGUGAAAGUGACAAAUGAUUCGCUCUAGCUGGUGAAUAUGAUGAAAAGAAAUGUCAUGAACAUUAAAUUUUCAGAAUAAAAAGGUGUCAGUUGUUUUCUGAAAAGGAAAUUACAAAAAGACAACAAAAAUUUAAAAAGAAAUUACAAAAAGACAAAAAAAUUCACACAGACAGGUUAAAGGGAUAACAACUGUUCAUUUUGACCAAAAAAAUGGAUUUUCCUGGGGUAAAGGCCAAUAUUCCCAUACUAAUGGUAAAUGAAUUCAUUACCACAUUCAAAGUUAGUCCCUGGUUUUUUUCUAAAAAAAUUUGGUUUUUGUAGUAUUCUCUUAAGAAAAAAGUGGCAACUUCAUAUAAAUGAGAAGUUCAAACUAAUGAUAUUCAAUGAAUCUGGCAAAACAAAAAAAAAUAAAUAAACGGCAAAAUAGUACAAAUUUAUUAACAAUGAAGAUUUUACUUUUUAGGCAAUGCAAAGUAGCUAUAUUGAAAUACAACUUUGUAUUGUAUAACAAUGGUUUUCUUUAAGCGGUUUGUCUAUCGUCAGCAUAGGUUAAGCCAACGAACCAUGGACAUGCAAACUUUAUUAAACUUCGCCUUAAUUGUGAGGAUAGUAAUUUCAUUGUGCAACCGCAAAAAAAGAACUUCAAAGAUUUCCUAAGAAUUAAUACCAUCUUGUUGAAUAUGGUAACCAACCACAGAUUGCUAGUUGUAUUCUGCAAAAGGCAUCUCCCUUCUUGGUAGCGUCAUAGCUGGAUAUAUUGUCAUUUCUGAAAAGGCAGCAGAGACCUAUUAUAAAAUCCUGUAUUCUGAUUUUCUUCAAAUUAAACAGAUCACUCUAAAUGACCCAGGAUUAUUGUACAUGUGCCACCAGCAUGAUUGUUAUGUAACCUUCUAGCACUAGUGUAUUCAUGUUAGGGGCAAGGCAUAUACACAUAUAUUUCUAGUGAUUAGUUUUUAUAAUGUUGUUUACGGGAAAGGCACGGUUAUUUAUUCUAGUCAAAAUACAUUGUUCAAUUGACUGUUAGCCAGUGUCGAAGUAUAACCAAUAGUUUACUUGUGAAAAAUGUAAUUAAAGUGAAUUUGAUUCACU